UCCCAGGCGAAGCCAUCUUGAAUGUUUUUUGUGGGCGGAGGAAAACAAGACGCUUGUCCGGUCAUCUGCAUAGUUGUAGUGUAGUUCGUUCGGCCUGUGGACGCUAAAACUCAACGUUUGCCCCCCAAAAGGGACCAAAGAUGGGAAACAUAAACACAGUGGGGCCGAACGAGGCCCUGGUGGUGUCAGGUGGCUGUUGUGGUGCAGAUACAAGGAAGACGGUGAUUGGCGGAUGGGCCUGGGCAUGGUGGUUGGUUACUGAUGUGCAAAGGCUGUCCCUGGAGGUCAUGACCCUUAACCCGACCUGUGAGAGCGUGGAGACAGCGGAGGGCGUGCCCUUGACUGUGACCGGCGUGGCGCAGGUCAAGGUCAUGACGGAGCCGGAGCUGCUGAGCACCGCCUGCGAACAGUUCCUGGGGAAGUCUGUGUCACACAUCGAGUCUGUUAUCCUGCAGACUCUGGAGGGUCAUCUCAGGGCUAUCCUGGGUACCCUGACUGUGGAGGCAGUCUACAAGGACAGGGACCAGUUUGCCCAGCUGGUGCGAGAGGUGGCGUCCCCCGACGUGGGACGCAUGGGCAUCGAGAUCCUGUCCUUCACCAUCAAGGACGUGUUCGACCGCGUGGAGUACCUGUCCUCGCUCGGCAGAUCGCAGACCGCCGCCGUGAAGAGGGACGCCGACAUCGGUGUGGCCGAGGCAGAGAGAGAUGCAGGAAUCAGGGAAGCUGAAUGUGAGAAAGCAAGGAUGGAUGUACGUUACGACGCGGACACCCUGAUCGCUGACCACGAGAGAAUGUUCAAACUGAAGAAGUCGGAGUACGAGAUGGAAGUGCAGGCCAAGAAAGCCGAGGCCAACCUGGCCUAUGAGCUUCAGGCCGCCAAAGUCAGACAGAAGAUCCGUAACGAGGAGAUCGAGAUCGAAGUCGUGGAGCGGCGUAAGCAGAUCGACAUCGAGGAGAAGGAGAUCCAGCGUAAGGACAAGGAACUGAUCGCCAUCGUCAGGCGUCCCGCCGAGGCCGAGGCUUACAAGGUCCAGACGAUAGCAGAGGGCAAGAGGACACAGACCGUCAAGGUGGCCCAGGCUGACUCAGGCAAGAUCAAGCUGAUUGGAGAGGCAGAUGCCAGUGCAAUCGAGGCCAUCGGAAAGGCGGAGGCCGAGCGCAUGAGACAGAAGGCUGCGGCGUACAAGAUGUACGGAGAUGCCGCCAUGAUGGCCCUGGUGUUGGAGUCCCUGCCUAAGAUUGCUGCGGAGGCGUCCGCUCCGCUUGCGAGGACGGAGGAGAUCGUCCUGUUGGGCGGAGAAGGCAGCCGCAGCACACACGAGAUCACCAAGCUGGUCAGCGAGCUCCCGCCAGCCGUGCAAGCCCUCACCGGCGUUGACCUGUCCAAGGUGUUGACUAAGGUUCCCGGAGCAAAGUAGGCCUGUACGUACAAACACAGGCAGUCGAUUUUCUCCUAGUCCUCCUUAGUAGAAGUUUAUGUAACACCCUACACCAGACCUAUUGUGUCAUUGGAACCCAUGAGUAUGCAAGAAUGUGAACCUUAGUUGUAGACUUCCAGUUGAUUUUGUUCCAGUAGUUAAUGUACAGUACAGUACCAUUUUGCCAGUAGACAGUAUGUUGUUGUUAGUACAAUUGCUAACCCAAGAUACUAUAGAUGGUAUUCCAGAAACAGUAGAUGGCAAUUUAGAUAUUGUGCAUGUUUUACACAUUUGUACAACUCAACAGUCUUUUCUAAAACAGAUGAUGAACCAUGCUUGUAGCAGCAAGCAAGGCUAUCUUCUAUCUUUUCUGUACAUUGCCCAUAGUCUGUGUUCACUACAAAAAAAUCAAACUGUAUGCAGUAAAACUGAACCUAAUGUGAGGAAAGUUGAUUUGUUUGUAUAAUUCUGUUUUGGUAGGACCAGAUGCAUGUACGAUUGCUUAGAUAUUCCAGAACUAGUCACUCAAGCCUCGUGUGGCUUGAUUUUGUAGCAAAAUAAUUUUUAGCACCCAGAAUGCGAGCAAGUUAAGUUAUUUUUAUGCAUGCCUAUCGUAGCUUGCCAGCAUAGUUGGUAGAUGUUAGCAUUGUAGCGCAUAGAUCUACUCGAGAUCAUAAGUCAUAAUGCAGGCACUGAAGCAUAGAUAGACCAAGCUAACCCUGUCUUCAGAUGUAUAUAAUCCGUGUGUACUGUAAGGAAGAAAAAUGGGAUGGACAUGGGAUGAAAUCCAUUCUCCAUCUUUUUGUUCACUUUGGGAACCUGGAUUGAAAGUAAUUUUAACAAGCUUUGCAACCUAAGUUGCCAGAUGUGUUUUCCUUUGCUUGCAAGUGUUUAGGUGUGAUGAUGAUGUAAAAAAAACAACAGAACUUCAGACAACAGUUUUUGCAAAUUUUUUUGCAAAUUUCAUAAGCAUCAACAAGCACUACUUUGGUGCAGAGUAACAUACCUUUUCACAAUCUUUUAUGAUGAUGAUUUUAAACUAACAAUUUGUUAUGGUUAUGAUUUUUAACUUGUUGAUUUUGACAAAAUUCAGAUUUUGAGGAUACGUCUCUUUGUUACUUUACUACCUCUAUACCUCAAAUGAAGUUUUCUCUGAAGGCCUUUUCUAUUAAAAGCAUUGAAACAAACGUGUCUCAGAUGUCAACUGUAUUAGUCUGGAAUAAAUCCUCUCCUGGUAAAUUGGGUCCUUUAAAAGAAUUCCUAAUUCUCAAGGAAAUACUGCUUGAUUUGCUUUGCUCUCUAUUAGCCUCUUUUAUAAGCUGCAUUCCUAAGCCUUUUGUAUGCGGCAAAUUCCUGUAAAUAACUGUAUCGUACGUAACAGUAGACAAUAGUACUGGCUCUGAUAGUUUGAAGUGUGCAUAUCAGAAACUUUGCAUUGCGUCAUUCACAAAAACAGAUACAGAAUGUUUCUACCAACAAGGUAUAGGCCAAAUACAUGUCUUUAGCCAAAUGUGUCCUGUGUUUUCUACUCCUGAUCUCCCGAUACAUAGGUGAGAACACACACUUGUCAGAUAAUGAAUUGUACAUGUAUGCCAGCCAAGAAGCAAAAUUUCAUGCCUUAUGAUGUCCAAAGGCAGCUCCUGAACUAAGUUGCCUUUUCAGCAAAUGAUCAGAUAUAGCCAAUACAUGUACUUGAACAGAUUUUGCAUGUGUGUUUGGUAGAUCAAACAUGUACAUCACUUGUACAAGUCAAGCCACACUGACCAUUAUUUGUUCUUGGAUCUUUUAAAGUCAACAUGUAGAAGGUGUACUUUGCAGGGAAAACUUGAAAAAUACACUUUAGAACACAUUUUUAAGCUUUUGUAUUCUAAUGUUGCUCUAUCACCCUUGCCAAGAUACAGUUGGUAAUUUUGUAUGGUCGGCAUGGCGUCCUCUAUGCUUAUAUGUGUUAAGCACUUCAAAUCUCUUCUGUAGUGACUUGCCCUGUGGAAAGUUGUGUGCAAUGUUACAGAUCAGCUGUUAACGUUGAAUCUUCUGUAAAUAAUUCUGUGACAAUGGGGUACAAGAUGGCCGUGGAACUUGGGGGAGGAAGCAAAGUUAUGGUGGAAGGGAAAGACAGCCAGUCCUCAGGUAUUUCUAUAAGGAACCAAGAAAAGAAUGAAGAAUGUACCGAGAGAAAGUUGCUCAGAAUUGUCUUGAAGUCCCCAGUGGUACGACUGCCAUUUUGUUCUCAUUAUUGCACCAGAGCACAGUUAUUGACUGUUGACACUUGUGUGAGGUUGUUUUUGUACUCAAGAA